AUGGCUUCUGAGCUGGAACUCUCAAGUGGCUUUAUCCCUGCACUGUACAAGCCAGCGACUCUGCUACCAAUCGCAAGACACAAGCAGAGCCUACUCUACCUGGUCGAGAAAUAUCAGGUCACUAUUGUUGUUGGGCAGACGGGAAGUGGAAAAACAACACAGCUUCCCCAGUAUCUCGACCAGGCUGGUUGGUGCGAAGAUGGCAAGUCUAUUGCUGUAACGCAGCCCCGUCGAGUGGCUGCCACCACGGUUGCGACUCGCGUCGCAGAGGAGAUGCGAUGCAAGAUUGGCGAAGAAGUGGGAUAUUCCAUCCGCUUCGAAGAUGUGACAUCUGCUGCGACCAGGAUCAAAUUCCUCACUGAUGGAAUGCUUCUCAGAGAGGCGUUAGUAGAUCCUCUGCUAUCUCGGUAUUCUGUGAUCAUGGUCGAUGAAGCCCAUGAGCGAUCCAUUAGCACCGACGUUCUUCUGGGAAUUCUCAAAAAGAUCAUGAAGAAACGCCCCGAGCUUCGUAUAAUCAUCAGUAGUGCGACUUUGCAGGCGGAAGAUUUCCUCCGCUUCUUUGCUGGCGAUGAAUACAAGCCAGAUGCCGAUCCAGCUGAUCUAGGCGGCGGCAUCGGGAGAAUCAUCAGCUUGGAGGGCAGGAUGUAUCCUGUUGAUACGCUAUUCCUUGAGAAUCCUGCAGAAGAUUACGUUGAGCGGGCAGUCAAGACUGUUUUUGAUAUCCACGCCCAGGAAGCAGAGGGUGAUGUGCUUCUGUUUUUGACUGGCCGCGAGGAGAUCGACCGUGCAAUCCAGUUGAUAUCUGAGCGUGCUGCAUAUCUAAACCCAAAGGCUCCUUCAUUACUCACUCUCCCACUUUAUGCUGGUCUUACCACGGAUCAGCAGAUGUACGUUUUCGAACCGGCACCCGAGAACACGAGAAAAAUCAUAGUGUCGACGAAUAUCGCAGAAGCAUCAGUCACGAUCGAUGGCAUUGUCUACGUGAUAGACUGUGGCUUUGCCAAGCUGAGAGCUUAUAACCCAAGCACCGGUAUCGAAACCUUGACGGCUGUACCUAUAUCAAAGGCAUCCGCCACACAACGUGCUGGACGUGCCGGCCGAACGAAGCCUGGAAAAUGCUUCCGUCUUUACACCCAACAGACAUACGAGCAACUCCCCGAGGCUACGGUACCAGAAAUCCAGCGGUCAAACCUAGCUCCGAUCGUUAUGCAGCUCAAAGCACUGGGCAUUGAUAACAUUGUUCGCUUCGACUUUUUGACAUCACCACCAGCAGAGCUCGUGAUGCGUGCCUUUGAGCUGCUGUAUUCCCUUGGGGCGGUGGACGAUUAUGCCAAACUUACAAAACCCAUGGGAAUGCGGAUGGCUGAACUUGCCGUUGACCCGAUGAUGGCAAAGGUUCUUCUCGCUGCUCCUUCGUUCAAAUGCUUGAGCGAGAUUCUCACUAUCGCGGCUAUGGUGAGCCUCCAAGGAACGGUGUGGGUACAGCAUGAUGGCGAUAAGAAAACCGCAGAGAGUCACCGACGGAAAUUCGCCGUCGAGGAAGGUGACCAUCUUACCUACCUUAAUGUGUACCAAGCAUUUGUGACCAAGGGUAAGAAAGAUUCGAAGUGGUGUCGUGAUCACCUUUUGAACUAUCGAGCCCUCCUGCGUGCUGUCAGUAUCCGCGGCCAACUCAAACGGUACCUAGAGCGCUUUGGUAUCCAGGUUGACGAGAGUCUCUCGACUCGUCAUAGUGCUGGAAUCAGUACAUCCCCGGAGCAGAUCCAGCGGUGCCUCACGACGGGCUAUUUUGCUCAUGCGGCAAAGAUGCAGCCCGACGGCACUUUCAAGACUGUUAGUGGAGGGUUGACUCUCCAUGCUCACCCUAGCUCUUUGAUGUUUAAUCGAAAAGCGGACUGGGUGAUAUUCCAUGAGAUCAUGCAAACCGGCAACAAGACCUACAUCCGGGACGUCACCAAGAUCGAGAAAAGCUAUCUGCUAGAAUAUGCCCCAGAUUAUUACAGGGUUAAAUGA